AAUUAUGAAUGUUUGCAUUCCAAGGUUUCAAGAAAAGAAUAUUUGCUGUAGAAAAGAAACAGAUAAAUAGAGAUAACGCAUUUGUCACGCUUGUUUUCUAUAUUUAAGACAAGCUCGCAUUAAUAGAGGAAAUUCGUAAGCGGAUAUAAAGUAAAGGGUCUUUGUAUAUGGACAUGCUUGCGAGAUGGAAGAGGAUAUGAAAAUGGCGACUUUGAAAGCAGGAGAGGUUUAUAACACCGCGGCUUUAUAUCGAUCUCGUUCUGUUCCAGAAAAUAUUUCUGGCGAUCAUGCAUCAAAACAAUCUUUUAAUGUCAUCAAAGAUUUCCUAUCAAACAUUGGUAACUGGCGGGCGAACAAGCAGAGAAGAAAAUUAGCGAGUAAACGAAGCAUCGCUGAGAAUGAUAGUGGCGAAUUUGACUUGCAUGAUGUGAAGAGAGUCAAAGAUGCACAUAAACGGCUUGAAGGCGGUGGUCAUGUGUUUGUAGCACAUACCGAUCAUUAUAUAACAUGGUGUGAUUUAUGUGGUGAAACGAUGUGGGGUUUUGUAAAGAGAGGUGUUCGUUGUCAAAGAUGUAAAUACACUUGCCAUUUACGGUGCAAAGAUGAGGUAUUAUUAGAGUGUGACGGAGGUCUCAUUCAUGAUGCAAAAGAGAUGAGCAGAGAGGAGAUUACAUUGAAGACCCUUGAAAUACUAAGUCAGGGGAAUGUGAAGAAAAAUGCCCCUGCUGUAUUACCUAGUGAUUUAUCACCUAGUGGUUUACUAGCAAUGAUUGAGGAAUUUAACAAGACAAGUCUUGGCCUGAUUAUGACACUGAGCUACAACUCAACAAACGAUGUCAUUUUCCAAGGUUUUAUACGUGUUGCUAUGAAUCUUUUACGUCCAAUCAAUAUUGUCGCUGGUGAAAGACCACUGUCAAUUUUUGAAACUGUAUCUUGGAGGAGAGAAGGGUCUUCUACUUCAUCAUCAAAGCGAACAAAAACAUCAUUUUUCCUUCCUCCGAACACUAUGAAGGCCUUGCACAUUACUAGUGAUACAACAGCUCAACAGGUAAUUGUUGCUCUUCUGAAGAAAUACAAGAUUUCUGAUCAUCCCAGGAAAUUUGCCCUUUAUGAAAGAUACCAAGAUGAUGAUAAUGUGAUAUUGCGCAGGAUUUCUGAUGAAGAAAGACCGUUGGUGUUACGUUUAAUUUGGGGAGGCUCUGACAGAAGUCACUCAUUCUGUUUACAAGAAAAUGAAACUGGGGAUAUCAUGUGGGAGGCCUUCUCCAUACCUGAACUACAAAACUUUAUUAAGAUCUUAGAAAUGGAGGAAAAAGAAUAUGUUAAACGGGUAUUGACGAAAUAUCGCAUGUAUCGCGAUCAGCUUGAGGAAAUAAUGGCUGAAAGAAAAGGAAAGUGAAGUUAGUUCGUAUGUAUAUCAAUAAAUUAUCAUGUUGAAAAGGUGUUUGCUAGACCACGUUGUAUUUCCCCGUUGUAUAAUGGUGACUAUAUACCUCCUAGAGCACGUCAUUUAUUGUGUUUUAUGUACCAUAGUCAUAGACAUUUAUCAUAUAAAUUUUAAUGAAUUAAGAUGUCGCGACUGUUUUUCAGUGUUCAUAGACUUUCAGUGCAGUUUCCUUUUUCUUUUGUUCAAUUAAACAACUCUAUAAAUCUGUGCCAGACUACAUAUAUGGCUAGAAAAGAUCUGUGCCAGACUACAUAUAUGGCUAUACAUAAGAGUGCUUCAGUUCAAGCUAUGUUUUGGAAACAUGUCUUGGUUCAUAAAAUGUCAAAAUAUUUCGCGCUGUUUUCUGAUUGCAUUCAUCCUAUAUAUGUAGGGGCUGGUUUUAUGAAAUCCGUUUAAGCUGUUAUUAAGCAUAAAAUAAAAUAAAAUUCGUAUACCAUCAAGUCAUACAAGGAUGGAGUUUUUAUACAUGUAUAAACUAGCUACGUGUUUAUUAUUAUUUAAUCCAAAAUAUUUACGUUUAACUUGUGUACGCGAGAGGUUAUCUAAAUUUUAAUAUUUUGCCGUUUAAAUGUAACGGGCUUCGUAAAAGCAGUCUCUUGCGGAAGUUUUUGAAAAUACAAUUAAAAUCAUUGUAUAAUACUAUGACAUGCAGAUAUUUGAAGUCUUCAGAACAUUUAUAUCCCAUUUUAUAUGUAUUUUACAUGUGUCAUGUAUAUAUCGGCAUUUAAAAAUAUUUUGUUUUAUCUUGACGGGAGGACAGUCUGUAAUGUGUAAUUAUUGAUAAACUUGUAUAACUCUAUAUAUAGGUUGAAUGUGCAAAAAUAAUGUUGUUUUUAAUAAUAAUAAAUAAAUAAGGUAUAGACUAUAGACUAUGCUAUGCAGAUU